AUGCUUGCUGCAUAUGAUUUAGGUAUGGCAACAUCCGGUGAAUAUGUUUUCAUCAAUAUUGAUGUUUCUACUGGAUCACAUGCAGAACGUCCAUGGCUACGAUCAAAUGAUACAACAACAUCAAUGGAAAAUGAAAAAGCAAAAAAAGCAUAUCAAGCAUUAAAAACAAUUUCAUUAAGACGUAGUGAUUUAGAUGAAUAUAAAGAUUUUGAAUCACGUGUAAAAGAACGUGCCGAAAAAAGAUACAAUUAUUCGGCUAAAACGGGUAAAGAAUAUGAGAUGAAUAAUUUUAUUAGUGCAUUUUAUGACGCACUUUUGCUUUAUGCAAUAGCAUUAAAUGAAACACUCAGUGAGGGCUUGGAUCCACGCAAUGGAUAUAAUAUAACAAGUAAAAUGUGGAGUCGAACUUUUGUUGGUAUUACAGGUAAUGUUUCAAUAGAUGAGAAUGGUGAUCGUUAUUCGGAUUAUUCAUUACUUGAUCUGGAUCCACAACAAGAUAAAUUUGUUGAGGUGGCAUAUUAUUCAGGUGCAUCAAAUGAAUUAAAACAGGUAACAGAAUUUCAUUGGGUUGGUGGUAAGCCACCAAAAGAUUCACCAAUAUGUGGUUGGGAUCAUUCAAAAUGUCCUGAAGGUUAUCCAUUUUAUGUAUAUUUGCUCAGUGGUUCAACUAUUUUCAUCUUAAUUCUCAUGUCUGGUUUCAUCUAUUUUUGGAGAAGAUAUCGUUUGGAAGCUGAAUUAGCUGCAAUGUCAUGGAAGAUUCGUUGGGAAGAUUUAGAUGGUGAUGAAUUAAAAAAAGAUAAAAAGAAGAGUAGACGAGUACGACGAUUACAUGGUUUUAGUUUUGAAUCUGAAGCAUUACUUCGAUCUUAUAGUCGUACAUCAAAUGGCAGUGAAAAUUUGGAUGAGGACGAACGAGAAUUCAGCAUUGGUCGCUUUAGAUUGCGGAGUACCAGUUCUAAUGCAACUCGCAAAUUUUCGGCUUUGAUUGAUCGGAAAUUAAGUAUGUUUACUCGAAAGAAGAAUUCAAAUCAUCAAGAUUCAACGCAUAUGGUUCAAAAUCAUGUCAGCAAGGAUUUUGAUCAUAAAAUGGAUGCAAUAUCACGUUCUGGACAAUAUGCAACGAUCAGUGAAGGUAUCGAACCGAAAGAUUAUGAUCCGGCAGAGGGUGGCGAAAUACCAUCACCACUUUCUUCAAUUUCUAAUCCGAAACGAAAAUCACCCGGUGAAGAUGAUUUCGAUGUACACGCCAAAAAAAGUCUUUCGUUACGUAACCGGAAAUUAUCAUUUGCUGGGCUUAGCAUUGGGAGUGGAGGUUCAGUGGAAACAAUACAAAUGCAAAAUAAUGUACAAAUUUAUACAAAAACUGCUAAUUAUAAGGGUACAAUAGUUGCUGUUAAGAAUUUGAAUAUUGAUCCAAAGAAAUAUCCGAAGUUAGAUUUAACUCGUUCUAUGUUAAUGGAAUUUAAACGAAUCAAAGAUUUACAGCACGAUCAUAUUACUAGAUUUACUGGAGCCUGUGUUGAUUGUCCACAUUAUUGUCUGGUGCAAGAGUAUUGUCCCAAAGGAUCUCUGGAAGAUAUUUUAGAAAAUGAAAAAAUUGAAUUAGACAAAAUGAUGAAGUAUUCAUUAUUGCAUGAUUUAGUUAAGGGUAUGUAUUUUUUGCAUAAUACAUUUGUUGGUUCUCAUGGUAAAUUGAAAUCAUCGAAUUGUGUUGUGGAUAGUCGAUUUGUCCUCAAAGUUACCGAUUUUGGUUUUCAUGAAUUGCAUGCAAUGGAAGAUGAAAAUACCGAUGAAAUUGGUGAACAUGCUUUUUACAAAAGAAAAUUAUGGACAGCACCAGAAAUAUUACGGAAUCCGAAUGCAUAUCGAGCAAAUGGUACAAAAACGGGUGAUGCAUAUAGUUUUGCUAUAAUAUUACAUGAAAUGUUAUUUCGUAAAGGUGCCUUCUAUAUGAGUGAUGAACCAUCACCAAAAGAAAUUUGUGAACGUGUACAAAGAGUACCAGCAUUUGAUGAGGAAUUGUAUAGGCCAGAAAUACCAGAAAGUGCCUUAAUUGAUGGUCAAAUUGAGCCAAACCUGAUUAAUUUGAUGGUCAGUUGCUGGGCUGAAGAAUUUCACGAACGUCCUGAUUUUGCUGUUAUUCGAAAAGUAGUUCGAUCAUUGAAUAAAAGUAACGAAACAUCUAACGUUGUGGAUAAUUUAUUAAAACGUAUGGAACAAUAUGCAAAUAAUUUGGAAGGUUUAGUAGAAGAACGAACACAAGAAUAUCUUGCUGAGAAGCAAAAAGUUGAAGAUUUAUUGCAUCAAUUGUUACCACGUAGUGUUGCUGAUCAGUUAAUAAGUGGAUGUGCUGUGCAAGCAGAAGCAUUUGAAAGUGUUACAAUUUAUUUUUCCGAUAUUGUUGGCUUUACAGCACUGUCAUCAAUGUCAACACCAAUGCAGGUAGUAACUCUAUUGAACGAUUUAUACAUGGCAUUCGAUGGUGUUGUGGAUAAUUUUAAAGUAUAUAAGGUAGAAACAAUUGGAGAUGCAUAUAUGGUUGUAUCCGGUUUACCUGAACGUCAUAAUCAUCAUGCUUCACAGAUUGCUCAGAUGUCAUUGGCUUUGUUGCAUAAAGUGAAAAAUUUUGUCAUUAGGCAUCGACCAAAUGAACAAUUGAAACUACGAAUUGGAAUUCAUUCUGGACCAGUGGUUGCUGGAGUGGUAGGAUGUAAAAUGCCACGAUAUUGUUUAUUUGGUGAUACAGUAAAUACGAGUAGUCGAAUGGAAAGUACUGGUUUGCCACUUCGUAUUCAUGUAAGUAGUCAUACAAAGACUAUCCUGAACAAGGAAGAUCCAGGGUUUCAAUUGGUACUUCGUGGUGAGGUAGAAAUGAAAGGUAAAGGAAAACAAAUAACCUACUGGUUAAAAGGUUACAAUGACAUUCGUAUUCCUGAUUUUGGACCGGAAUUUGAAUAA